CCUCCGCCCGCCCGGCCGCGCCCCCGGGGGCCAUGGUCGCGGGGCCCUGCGCGGGGGCGGCCCCCAGCGCGGCGCUACAUGGAGCGGCCCGGGCCUGGCCGCCGGGGGCAGCGCGAUCCCGCGGGGCCCUGUGAGCCCCCAGCGCCACGGCACCAUGUUGCUGGUUGAGAAGACAACGGACUCACCAGCGGCCGAGUUCUCGCUGGUGGAGGACGUGGCACUGCACUUCGCUUGCUUGAUGGGCCGCCUGAACGAGCAGCGCCUCUUCCAGCCUGACCUGUGCGACGUGGACUUGGUGCUGGUGCCCCAGCGCAGCGUCUUCCCGGCCCACAAGGGCGUGCUGGCCGCCUACAGCCAGUUCUUCCACUCGCUCUUCACCCAGAACAAGCAGCUGCAGCGCGUGGAGCUGUCCCUGGAGGCACUGGCGCCUGGCGGCCUGCAGCAGAUCCUCAACUUCAUCUACACGUCCAAGCUGCUGGUCAACGCAGCCAACGUCCACGAAGUGCUGAGUGCUGCCUCACUGCUGCAGAUGGCCGACAUCGCCGCGUCCUGCCAGGAGCUGCUAGAUGCCCGCUCCCUCGGCCCCCCGGGCCCCGGCGCCGUGGCCCUCGCCCAGCCGGCUGCUGGCUGCACCCCGGCUGCGCCAACCUACUACUGUGACAUCAAGCAGGAGGCUGACGCCCCAGGCCUGCCCAAGAUCUACGCCCGAGAGGGCCCCGACCCCUACUCCGUGCGCGUCGAGGACGGGGCUGGGGCCACAGGUGGCACGGUGCCUGCCGCCCUCGGGCCGGCUCAGCCCUUCUUCAAGGAGGAGAAAGAGGGUGGCGUUGAAGAGGCUGGUGGGCCCCCGGCCAGCUUGUGCAAGCUGGAGGGUGGGGAGGAGCUGGAGGAAGAGCUCGGGGGUUCUGGCACCUAUAGCCGGCGGGAGCAGUCCCAGAUCAUCGUGGAGGUGAACCUCAACAACCAGACACUGCACGUGUCCACAGGGCCCGAGGGCAAGCCAGGCACUGCCACUGGCCCGGCCACCAUGGUGCUGGGCCGGGAGGAUGGGCUGCAGAGACACUCGGAAGAGGAGGAGGAGGAGGAGGAGGAGGAGGAGGAAGAGGAGGAGGAGGAGGAAGAGGAGGGAGGAGGCAGUGGAGCAGAGGAGGAGGAGGAGGAGGGUGGCAGUCAGGGGGAGGAUGAGGAGGAUGAGGAGGAGGAAGGGCACAGCGAGCAACAGGAGGAAGAGGAGGAGGAAGAGGAGGGGCACAGCGAGCAGGAUCAGGAGAGCUCAGAGGAGGAGGAAGAUGAGGAGGACGGGGAGGCAGGGGGCAGGCAGGGGGGGUUGGGGCGCCGCAGCGGCCGGGCAGAGCCCCCUGCCCACAGUCGCAUGGCCACGAGGUCCGCCCGGCGCCGUGGCCCCCCUGAGCCAGAGGAGGCCGGGCGGCGGGGCGGGAAGCGGCCAAAGCCACCUGCAGGAGUGGCUCCCACUCCUGGCUCCCGAGGGCCACAGGCAGCCGAUGGGCUGGGGGCCAAGGUGAAGCUGGAGGAAAAACAGCACCAUCCGUGCCAGAAGUGCCCGCGCGUUUUCAACAACCGUUGGUACAUGGAGAAGCACAUGAACGUGACCCACAGCCGCAUGCAGAUCUGCGACCAGUGCGGCAAGCGCUUCCUGCUAGAGAGUGAGCUGCUGCUGCACCGGCAGACAGACUGCGAACGCAACAUCCAGUGUGUGACAUGUGGCAAAGCUUUUAAGAAGCUCUGGUCCCUCCACGAGCACAAUAAAAUUGUGCAUGGCUAUGCAGAAAAGAAGUUCUCCUGUGAAAUUUGUGAGAAGAAGUUCUACACCAUGGCUCACGUGCGCAAGCAUAUGGUUGCCCACACCAAGGACAUGCCCUUCACCUGCGAGACCUGUGGGAAGUCCUUCAAACGCAGCAUGUCUCUCAAGGUGCACUCCCUGCAGCACUCCGGGGAGAAGCCGUUCAGAUGCGAGAACUGCAAUGAGCGCUUCCAGUACAAGUACCAGCUGCGGUCACACAUGAGCAUCCACAUCGGCCACAAGCAGUUCAUGUGCCAGUGGUGUGGCAAAGACUUCAACAUGAAGCAGUACUUUGAUGAGCAUAUGAAGACCCACACAGGAGAGAAGCCGUACAUCUGCGAAAUCUGCGGCAAGAGCUUCACCAGCCGGCCCAACAUGAAGCGGCACCGGCGCACGCACACCGGCGAGAAGCCCUACCCCUGCGACGUGUGCGGCCAGCGCUUCCGUUUCUCCAACAUGCUCAAGGCGCACAAGGAGAAGUGCUUCCGUGUCAGCCACCCCAUGGCCAGCGACGGCGCCCCCGCGGCCCCGGGCCUGUCCCCCGCCCCGCCCCAGGCGCUGCCCCUGCUGCCCGGGCUGCCACAGACCCUGCCACCCCCGCCGCACCUGCCGCCCCCGCCGCCACUCUUCCCCACAGCCUCCAGCCCGGGCAGCGGGAGGCUGAGCACCAACAACUAACUGCCUGCCUGCUGCAAGGGGCCCAGGACCCUCCCCUCCUCCUUGGGGGCAGUGACACCUCUGGAGUUGGCUGGACACCGGCCUCGCCCUGAGGCCCCUGACCCUGGGGGGUGUGCAGGCUGGCAGCCCCCAGAGCUGGCCGAGGACACCUCGCUACCAAGUGCCCCCUUUCAGUGACUUCUUGAAGCCUUUACUUUUUUUGUUGUUUGUUUUUUGGGAAGUGAAGGAUAAAGAAAAGAGAGGAAACCAUUGGCAGUAUCCCCCUCCAGGUGAGGGGGGCGCUGGAGGCGGCAGGUAGGGGGGACAGGGGCCCAGGGAGCAGGUGUGACUGGUCACUCUGCUGAGGCCUAUGCCAGAGGGAGGGGGGUGGCCCAGCCCAGAUCACCUUCAGCCACUUAUCCGCGCCUCUCCUGGGCCCCCUAACUUGCGCCUCAUAUCCUGGAGGGUUUGGGGAGAAGUUGGGGUGCCAUCCCCCUUUGGAGGAGGUGUGGACCCAGUGUGAGGGCUGCAGAUAUCCAGGCAGGGGCUUGAGCCUGGAUGCCCUGGGAGCAUGCCGGGAGGCUGUGGCGAGGCGCGAAGACUGCAGCUCUGCAUAGGGAGGGUCAGGGGGGUGUGGGGCGGGCAGGGGCUGGACCCCAGACAUUUGCUUUCCCCAUUCACAACCCUGCGGCAGGCACAGGGAUCCCCGACCUGCACUAGGCUGCACCGAGGGCCCUGGGUCCUGGAGAAGAUGUCCCCAGAAGCCGCUGGGCCUCAGGCUGUUGUGGGCCAGGCCCUGGUGGACAGACGGGCUGGCUCCCACAGCACCAGCUCCCAGGGCCUGCUGCCCAGGAGCCCCUGCAGAUGGGUGGACCCCAGGGGCAGGCCCCUAAGGAGGAGGCUUGGGCCAAUGUUCUGAGGUUUCAAGGUGCUAUCAGUGGGGCGGAGGCCAGGGCAGCUGUUCACAGAGCACCCCAUCCCUCACCAGCUGCCCCAGCUGCAUCUCCCACACUAGAGAUGUGUGUGUCUGUGUCUGUCUGCUCCCUGAAGGCAGAGCAAGCCUCCUCCACUCCCUAGGCCUGGUCACAACCCGCCCCUGGCUGGCAUCCAGCACCCUUGUCCCUCCUGGGCCUCUGUGCUCAUGGAUGGCACAAGGAGCCUGCAUGAUCAGGCCCGGGGGGUCAGGGUCGCGGGCGCUGGGAGAGCCCCAGCCUAUGCCCAAUGCUUGCCCUCACGAGGCAGGCACUAAUAGGACAUCCUUUUUUUGUUGUCAUUUAACGUCUUGAUUCCUGCCUUUAAAAGGGGGAGGAAGGUUCCAUAAGCUACAUAUUUCCUAGUUAAGCUCUUUCCUAUUGUGUUUAUACAGUUUUGUUUGUUAUACUCUUUGCACCUUAAACCCCCAUGACUACCCCCACACCACCACCUUCCCAGCAUGGCUGGAGUGGGAAGAGGCCUGAGCCCAGUGGGUGGUGGAGGGGGCACUGGCCCCAUCAGCCCAAGGGCUGAGGGGGUCGGGACCCCUCAGACCUCCUUGUAAGGUCCAUGGCGCUGGGGCAGGGGGCUGGGGACAUUUUAAUCAUCAAUAAACGAAGCACUUUAUUCUGUA